GUCUGCGCCUCAGGCAACGGUGAAGUAGUUGACCUUGUGUUACUUCUGGCAAAAUAGACCCAGAGUCGAAAUAAUGAGUUCCAUUAAAAUCUAUUAUACCAGCGUGUCAGGCUCUAGGGAGGUGAAACAAAGACAGGAAGAAGUUACAAGAAUUUUGGAUAUUUACAAGAUUAAGUAUGAAUUAAUAGAUGUUUCUGUCAGUUUCAAAGUACUUGAAGAAAUGAGGAUGAAGGUCUCUACUACAGCUCUACCACCUCAGAUAUUCAAUGGUCAAGAAUACUGUGGGGAUUAUGAAAUGUUCCAUGAGGCAAAGGAGAAUAAGGAGAUUCUCAAAUUCCUCAAGAUGGAAUAAAUGGAUCCUUAGGCAUUAAGAGGCAUCUUCCAAAACGACUCUGCAUGUACUCCAUUUGCAUUGGA